UUUAUCUCCCAGGCCGAGAAGGUCAAAGCCGGUCCAACUUGCGGUUCAAUCGCAGCGAUCGCGAGCUACUGGGUCGACGCGCCGGCAGUGGGCGCGUCACCGCUGUUCGCCGCAAAGAUCAUCGACGCGACAGCCGCGAACCAUCGGGCGGUGGCCGCCGCGAGCGGCGUCCGCUACGUCCGCGGCACCGCGGGCCACCCGCGCUGCGGCAAGAUGCGGUUCGUUAGCGAUACGCUCGCGAAGCUAGAAGAAGGAGAGUGGCUCCUGUUCCUCGACGGCGACGCGGCGCUCAGCUGCGGCGCGUGGUCGGCGUUUACGCGCACGGCCUGUCGUCGGUCCUCGCCACAAGCUGGGUACCGCCUCGCCGAGCCGCUUUCGUUGAUUGCGGGCUCGAAGUACGGCGUGUUCCUGGUUAGGAAUGACGCGUGGGCGCGGGAAUACCUCGACCGCUUCGCGACUGCGCUCGAAGCGAGGCCGCUCCUCUGCGCGACGUCGACGUUUCCCGAGAACGCGGUGGCCGCGUCGGUGACGACGGAGCGCGACCGCUGCCAUUACGCAAGGGUCGCGUCCCUGCUGGAUCACGCGCCCCACCUCGUCUCCGUCGAAGCAAAGCGCGACCCCGACGCCGUCGAGCGCUUCGUCGCCGGCGUGCGCAACGCGACGGCCUGCUGGACGCGCCACCGGGCACGCCAUCGAGCGGCCGUCCUCGACCGCGGGCGCGCCAUCCUCAAGCCCGGGAUCGCGCCCAAACCCUUCGUGCCGAUCCGGUACGAGCCCGAAGGAUCUACUACGGUUGCCGCGAGGACCCCCCGCCGCGCGAACGCGAAGGAGCUUCGCCGGGCGUACGAACGCGCCCGCCAAGAGCUCAAGACCAUCGAGCUCGAGGCGCGGCCGAAGAGCGAUCGGAAGCCAGACCUCCACGCCAUCGAGCAGGCACAGCUACGGAGAGAACGACGGAAUGAAUAA